UCAUCCUUUCUGGCUCUCUUAUUUCGACGACCAGGUUUAGAUAUAAGACCGUGUUUUGCCAACUGCUCAUCUUGGCUGAUUUCGAUGGCCAGAGGGUCGUGACGGGCCACUAUCUUCUUGCCAUAGACCUUAGGCAUGCUAAAAUAGCCCUUUUGAUACUCUACUAGCAAGUAUCUCGGACCCAGGGGCCACAACUGAAGUUUUGGGUUGACGUCAAAAUGGGCUUGUUGUGGGUUCCUCCCGUGUUCAGCACAAAAGUCAAGCGAUCGAUACGCAAGGAUGAGUGACAUCAAUGGUAACCAGAUCCUCACAGUUGGACAUAAGCGGUUCGGCUUCGACUCUGAGGUUUCUGUGGAUGUUCUUCGAUCUCUCUACCUCCGUCCCCACUAUGUGACGUCCUCCGCCAACGCUGAGAAUGCCGACGAAGAAACAGAACUCAGCAAGAAGUUUUCACGCUCUGCAUAUGGUUCCAAGUCUAUCUAUCAUUCUGAGGACAACACAAUCUCUUAUACAACCCUCUCUCGUUUUGCUCCUGUUCGCCUCGUCCCCCCCUCCCAGCGCAAACGUAUCCUCGUUACUGGAGGUGCUGGGUUUGUUGGCUCCCAUCUCGUGGAUCGCCUUAUGCUUCUCGGCCAUGAGGUCCAUGUUCUUGACAACUUUUUUACUGGAUCCAAGACAACCGUCAGUCAUUGGGUUGGGCACCCCAAUUUUGAGUUGAUUCGUCACGACAUCAUUGAGCCAUUUAUGAUCGAGUGUGAUCAAAUUUAUCACCUUGCUUGCCCAGCGUCUCCCCCUCAUUACCAGUUCAACGCUGUCAAGACUAUCAAGACAUCGUUCCUGGGGACCCUGAAUAUGUUAGGGCUUGCUAAGCGUACUAAGGCGCGUUUCUUGUUGACCUCCACGUCCGAGAUCUAUGGCGAUCCCGAAGUUCACCCUCAAUCCGAGGAAUAUUGGGGCCAUGUCAAUCCUAUUGGGCCACGUGCUUGCUACGACGAAGGAAAGCGGGUUGCGGAAACUCUUACGUAUGGUUUCCAUCUCCAAGACGGCGUAGAUGUUCGAGUUGCGCGUAUUUUCAACUCUUAUGGGCCUCGUAUGAACCCCUUUGACGGGCGUGUCGUGUCCAACUUUAUCCUCCAGGCGCUUCGUGGUGAAGACAUGACCGUCUAUGGAGACGGCUCGCAGACCCGUUCCUUCCAGUACAUUUAUGACCUCGUCGACGGGCUUAUCCUGUUAAUGAACUCUGACGAGAAGCGCCCCGUUAACAUUGGCACUGCCGAGGAGUUCAAUAUCCUUGACUUCGCCAAAGUUGUGCGUGAUGUUGUUGAGAAGGUGCAGAAGGAGAGCGGCACCGAAAACCCUAAACGCGUCAAUAUCAUCCACAAACCUAUGCCCGUCGACGAUCCCCAAAAACGCCGUCCUGAUACAACCAGAGCCAAGGAGUCUCUGGGAUGGCAGCCAAGAUGGCCUGUCGCCGCUGGCGUUGAGGAGAUGGUUCGUUAUUACGCCUUCAAGAUGGCCGAGGGGAGCAUCUGAGCUUCGCGUCAAGAUGAAUGACCGCAUCUGCGUGCCAGAUGAAGUGUCUCGCAUUAUGGUGUUGUGUAGGUGACAGGUAGACGAAUUCUCCUAGAUCUGUGAAUGUUCCUAUACUAGACAAAUUAUUGAUCGUGUAUUAUGUAUACUCGUUCUGAGUGUAGGCAAGUUACCAGCCUCUAUUGGGUGCCUGCUUGCAGCACUCACGUGUUUGUCACAAUGCG